AAUGUAUUUACCGCGGGGUCACCCGGCCUCUCCGAUCCGCCGGCAGCAGCGAAGCGGAGCCGCCAUCUUAAGACUCAGAGAGAGCAGGACAGUCGCCAUGUACCCGACCGCCCUGACACAGCUGGCCCGGGCCAACCCGUUCAGCGCCCCGCUGUUCAGCCUCCAGAAGGUGGAGGAGCCCCAGCACAGCCUCCAUGGACAGAAGCCCCGCAGGCUGGCGGCGGCCGCCACGGCAGACGAGGGAGACAGUUGUGAGUUCGGCUCUCAGAAGUAUUUCGUCCUGUGUGGAUUUGGUGGGAUUCUGAGCUGUGGCACCACACACACAGCCGUGGUCCCCCUCGACCUGGUCAAAUGCAGAUUGCAGGUGGACCCCGAUAAGUAUAAGAGCAUCGGUAACGGCUUCGCCGUGACGGUGAGGGAGGACGGCGUGCGCGGCCUGGCGAAGGGCUGGGCCCCCACCUUCAUCGGCUACUCCAUGCAGGGACUCUGCAAGUUCGGCUUCUAUGAAGUGUUCAAGAUCUUCUACAGCGACCUGCUGGGAGAGGAGAACACCUACCUGUGGAGGACGUCUCUGUACCUGGCGGCCUCGGCCAGCGCCGAGUUCUUCGCCGACGUGGCCCUGGCGCCCAUGGAGGCCGUCAAGGUCCGCAUCCAGACCCAGCCGGGCUACGCCAACACCCUGCGGCAGUGUGUGCCCAAGAUGUUCGCCGAGGAGGGCAUCUGGGCGUUCUAUAAGGGCGUGGUUCCGCUGUGGAUGAGGCAGAUCCCCUACACCAUGAUGAAGUUCGCCUGCUUCGAGCGGACCGUGGAGAUGCUCUACAAGUACGUCGUCCCCAAGCCGCGCAGCGACUGCAGCAAGUCGGAGCAGUUGGUGGUCACCUUUGUGGCCGGAUACAUCGCCGGAGUCUUCUGCGCCAUCGUGUCUCACCCCGCUGACUCGGUGGUGUCGGUGCUGAACAAGGAGAAGGGCAGCACGGCGGUGCAGGUCCUGAAGAGGCUGGGACCCCGAGGAGUGUGGAAGGGCCUGGUGGCUCGUAUCAUCAUGAUCGGCACCCUGACGGCUCUGCAGUGGUUCAUCUACGACUCGGUCAAGGUGUACUUCCGCCUGCCCCGCCCCCCUCCCCCCGAGAUGCCCGAGUCCCUGAAGAAGAAGCUGGGCCUGACGGAGUAACGCGUCCCCACCGCAGUCGUUUUCUAUAUUUAUGUCCCGAGCCGCCGCCCCGCUGUCCGGGUGGAGCUCCUGGCCGGGCGGAGCCGGGCGCAGCAGUCCUGUAGAAACACCAUUCCUCUGACUUCUGACUACUCCCUCACCUCUAUAAUAAAGAUGUUUCCCUGGAAGCC